AAUUGCAGAAGCCAGGACAAGCCACGGCAGAAACAGCAGCCGAGCCCCCGGCCGAGGACGCGCGCCAGCUGCGCCUGCGCGUACGGGCACCACGACACUUGGCACGCGCCUCAGGCUCGCUCGGCACGAAUAAACACCACGACUUUGAGUUCAUUUCAGCAGCGCGCUCUCGUGACACAGAACACACUACAUAGCUGCGCUUGAGCCGGCCUUCGAGUCAUGGAGGGAGGAGGAGGAGGAAGAGUGGUGGCUGGGGCGGCGACGCCGGCGGCUGCCAUGGUUGGACUUCAGGUGCUCUUCUCGGUGCUGCAGAUCUUCAUCAAGCUCGCGCUCAACGAUGGCAUGGACGCUCGCGUCCUCGUUGCCUACCGCUACAUGUUCGCCGCGGCCUUCCUCUGCCCCAUCGCCUUCUUUGUCGACAGGAAGAAACGGCCACCACUAACCAUGAAGGUGGUACUAUACUUGUUCUUGUGUGGGUUGCUUGGAUUUGCUAUAAACCAGAAUUUGUGCGUGCUCGCUAUAAAGUUGACUUCAGCAACCUUCGUUACAGCUAUCUCCAACCUCACUCCUGCAACCACCUUCCUUCUUUCAAUCUUGACCAGGCUUGAGACUCUAAAACUUAGGAAUCCUGCUGGACAAGCCAAACUUGUGGGAACCCUUGUAGGCAUGGGUGGUGCAAUGUUGCUUACAUUUUACAAGGGACCAGAGUUCACACUUCUGCGACGGCUGCCCCGCCCCAGGCUUGUCCACAUAACCGAAGCUCACCACUCCAACCAACAAUCAACCAGCAAUCAAAUUCUGGGCUCUUUUCUGGGUAUCGUCAGUUGUUUCAGUUAUGCGGCAUGGGCAGUCGUCCAGGCGAAAGUCGGAGAACUCUACCCAUGCCACUACUCGAUGGCUGCAAUGGUGUGCCUCUUCGGUGCACUUCAGUCCACUGUCGUGGCUGUUUGUGUUCAACAUGACAUGGCACAUUGGAGGUUAGGACUUCACAUCAGACUCUAUUCCGCAGCUUAUGCGGGCUUUAUAGCAACCGGAUCUGCCUUCCCGGUGCUAUCGUGGUGCUUGCGAAAGAAAGGUCCCCUCUUCGUCGCUGUGUUCAACCCGCUGAUGCUUGUCUUCGUCGCGGCGCUGAGCUCCAUUCUUCUUGAUGAGGCUUUGUACCUCGGCAGUGGGCUUGGUUCUAUCCUAAUUGUGUGUGGCUUGUACCUGGUGCUUUGGGGCAAAGCAAAAGAACAAAGUGAUAUGUCGAAAGAUGAAGAUCUGGGCAAGAAAUCCAUUGCUGUCACUGCUACGAGUGAGGAUGGAAAAGACAUGGAGAAUCAUGAAAUUAGUACAAUAUCCUUUUCGAAGAAAAAAAAUGAAAUUAGUCCAAAAGUACCUGCUUGGCAGCCCAAAAAUUAAGGGGAACUUUCUGAUAGGAUGUUAGUCACUAAGAUUGGAUCUGGUAUUCAUCUAUGAACUUUUAAUACUAUAUCUUUGAAAUCCUGGCUGCCUUUUUUUUCUUGA